AAAUGGAAUGAUAAAUUACAAAUCAGAAUAUUCACAUUUUUGCCUCAUUUAAGUAAUUAGAUUGUAGAAAAUAAUGUGGAAACUCCCGUUAUUGCUCGUGAUUUGUAUAACUACCGUUACCUCGGCUGUCGACGAUGAAGACGACGCCUUCGACGUCGACUUCUCCUUCGGCGCCGCGACGGCCGCCUACCAGAUAGAAGGCGCCUGGGACGAAGACGGCAAAGGGGAGACCAUUUGGGACAGAUCCUCGCACGCGACGCCCUACAGGUUCGACGACGCCGACGCCGACGUCGCCUGCGACUCCUACCACAAGUACAAAGAGGACGUCGCGCUGGCGGCCAAGCUGGGACUCACCCACUACAAAUUCUCCAUUUCGUGGGCGAGGAUCUAUCCUACGGGAUUCAACAACCGCUUGAACACCAAAGGCGUGCUCUACUAUCAGAAUUUGGUCAACGAGCUGCUCAAGCACAACAUCACCCCCAUAGCCACGAUUUACCACUGGGACCUGCCGCAGAGCAUCCAGGACCUGGGCGGUUGGCUGAAUUCCAACAUAGUCGGGUACUUCACCGAUUACGCCCGAGGCCUGUUUGAGUACUUGCCCAGUGUAAAGUAUUGGGUGACAGUGAACGAGCCUAAACAAGUAUGUGUGGGAGGCUAUGGAAAGGCUUCCAAGGCUCCGUUCAUCGCAAUGAGCGGCGAAGGGGAUUACUUGUGCGCCUAUCACGUGAUUUUAGCGCACGCUUCGGUUUACAAUUUGUAUAAAUCGCAGUUUUCGCACUUAAAAGGUAAAAUCAGCAUCGGUUUGGACGGCGAAUGGAACAUUCCUUUGAACAACACCGACGAGAACGACAAACUAGCCGCUGAGAGACGGCUACAAUUCGAUUUUGGUUUGUACGCGAAUCCGCUGGUGUUCGGCGAUUGGCCAGAAGUGGUGAAGGAGCGCGUAAAGGAGCGUAGCUCGCGUGAAAAUUUCGCAUCUUCCAGAUUACCUGCUUUCACGGAGGAACAGAAACGGAUGAUUAAUGGCACCUUGGACUAUUUGGCAGUGAAUUUCUACGAUUCGAAACUAGUAGGAGAUGCCAAAGAGGCCGAUAAUUCCACCUAUUCGUACAACAACGAUGUUAGAGUAUUGAUAGUAAGGAACACCAGCCUUCCCGCUGCCAUAGAUGGAAACACGAUUUAUGCUGAAGGAUUCAGAUUGUUCCUGAAAUGGGUAGACAAGACAUACAAAAAUCCUAAAAUCCUCAUUGGAGAAAACGGUGUUCCAGACGAUGGAACCAGUAUAGUGGAUAAUGAUAGGAUGUACUAUUUAUCAGAUUAUUUGAGCGCUUUAUUGAAGUCGAUAAAGGAAGAUAAAGUUAAUAUAUUUGGCUAUACAAUAUGGAGUUUAUUAGAUAAUUUCGAGUGGACUGAAGGAUACAGAUUGCAUUAUGGUUUAUAUUCGGUCAAUUUCACCGAUGUUAACAGAGAGAGGACAGCGAAAUCCUGCGCCUCUUUUUACAAGUUCAUAAUUGAAACUCGAAGGAUUCCACCUCUUCCUUUAACGAGUAGUACAUCUACUUCGACUUAUAGUACCCCAACUACAAUACAUUCUUCAACCACAACUGGGACAUCUUUGGCUCCCAAACAUUCAUACGAAUUACCGCUUUGUUUUUCAUUUAUAUUUUUGCUAAUAUCCGUUUUCAAAUGAAUAACGCGUUAAAAAUAAAUUACUAUCUAAAUACA